AUGAUUAUCAAAAGAAAAACAAAUUAUGAUAACAACCUCAAUAGCCCAAUUUCAAGAGUAAACUAUGAUUUUGAAGCACUUUACAACCAACAAAAAGAGUUUCAAAGGUUUUCAGGCCAUGAAGAUGUGUCGCUAGUGAAAAUGAAAAGUAAAUACACAAAUAAUCCUUAUGCAAAAAUAUCAUGUGGAUGUUUUAAUUCAACUAACCCAUUCCGUCAAGCCUGCAUAUAUAUUUCAUCUAAUAUCUGGUUUUCGAGAUUUAUUUUAUUAACAGCUAUCGCUAAUAGCAUCGGCUUAGGAUCUUAUGUAACCUAUGGGAAUACAUAUUUAGUCAAUUCAUUUGAAACUUUAUAUCUUAUAAUAUACACAAUAGAAUGCACAGUUAAAAUUACAGCCCUUGGUGAAAUUAUUUAUAAAAAUUCAUAUUUCAGAGAUUUUUGAAACUGUCUUGAUUUUUUUAUUGUAGUCUCUGGAUGAAUUGGAAAAGUAAUAGAUGGGAGAAAUUUGCUGUUUAUUCAGACUGUAUGAGCAUUUAGACCACUGAAGAUUAUUAAAGGGUUUAGUGAAACUAAUUUUAUAGUAAUCACUAUUGCAAAUUCUUUGCCUUUACUUGCUGAUGUUAUGAUUUUGAUUUUGUUUAUGAUUCUUGCAUUUGCGAUUGCUGGGACUAAUAUACCCAUUUAGAUAUAUUUUUUAUAUAAUUAUAAUUAUUUAUAAGAGCUGCCAAAUUUAUCAGAAAAAUAUAUUUAUUCUGGAGGAUUAAAUGGAAGCUGCAAUAGAGCAUAUGGUAAUAUUUCUUACUCUUUAUGCCUUCAAAAUACUUAUUGCCAAGAAGAAGAUCUAGCUUGUCUGCACUAUAAGUGUCCUGAAGUCGAAGAUUGUGCCAAAGAUACAAAUCCAAAUUUUGGAGUAACCUCAUUUGAUAAUGUUCUUGUUGGCUUCCUGACUGUUCUAAAUGUAGUUUUUGUGGAAUCUUGAAGCAAAAUAAUGUUUUAUUGCAGAACUACCCUGGAAAUAGAAGCAGUUACUGAUCUUUAUUUUAUGAUAAUUAUCAUUAUUGGGUCAUUUUUUUUUACAAAUCUUUUUAUAGCUGUUUUCUUUAUGAAGUUUCAUGAGGCAGUUAAUAAAGCUAAAGAAAUCAAAGAAAAAUCUAGACUUAAAGUUGAGAUUGAAGAAGCUGAAAGUUAUAAGCCGAAAGAGCCAGAAGAUAAUAGAGGAUUGAAAUAUUGCUGGUAUGCGAUUAAACUGAAUUUUUAUAGCAUGAUCAAUUCAAAAUGAUACAAAAGAAUUAUAGAUUUUUUUAUUAUAGUAAAUACAAUGAUGAUGUCAACAGAAUAUUAUGGAAUGAGUGAUUAUCAUAAAAAAGUGCUAAUACAUACAAAUAUAAUUUUCACUGCAAUAUUUUUAUUCGAAUUUUUGAUAAAAAUCAUUGCUUUAGGGCUUAAAGGAUACUUUUCAACAAAAUUUAAUAUUAUUGAAUUAAUAUUGUUAUGCUCAGCAGUAACUGAAUGCCUUUUAAUACAUGAUGCUAGCGAUCUAUUAACAGAAAAUUAUUAUAUAAUACGGGCACUUAGAGCGCUGAGAAUUCUAAAGCUGUUCAAAGAAUGGAAAUAUUUAAGAUACUUUGUUUCAAAAAUAGAAAACUGCAUAAAAUCUUUUUUUUAUUUAUCUAUUCUUUGCGCAAUUAUAAUAUAUGUGUAUACUCUUAUAGGAGCUGCUCAUUUUAAGGAUAAAUUAAAAGAUAAUCAAGGAUAUUCUCUGCGGUCUAAUUUCGACAAUUUGUUUUGGUCAUUUAUUACAGUGUUUCAGCUGUUUACUGGCAAUUGGUCACAGAUUCUAUAUAAUUUAGUUCACUCGAUGGGUUGAGUUUCAAUCUUUUACUCUUUAUCCUUUGUUAUAUUUAUCACAAAUAUACUUUCUUCACUAUUUUUAGCGAUCUUGCUAGAAGAGUUUAAAAACGAAAAAUGUGAUGAAAAUAUGCAAAAACCAAUCAAAAGUAUAAGUUAUGAAGAAAAAUCGUUAGAAAGUAAAAAGUUUAAGCCUGCUGAUAAAUUUGAAUUAGAAGGGACCUCUCUAUUUAUUUUUGGGCCAAAAAACCGUAUUAGGCUCUUUUUAAGAUCUUUAGUUGCCCAUCCUUAUUUCGAUAUAUAUAUGUUUAGUUUUUCUUCUUUAUCAACAAUCCUUAUAGCGAUUGAUCGAUUCUAUUGAGAUUUAUAUACAAUGAACGUAAUCAUGCUGAUAAGAACAAUCCUAACAGCUUUUUUUACAUCGGAAUGCAUUAUAAAAAUAAUUACAUUUGGUUUUAUAUCUGGAGAAAAUACAUAUUUAAAAAGUGGCUGGAACAUAAUAGAUUUUUUUAUAGUGCUCCUUAUAUGAGUUGGCUACAUCCUAAGAAAAAUUUAUGACAAAAGAACUUUUGCAUCAGCAGCUAUUGGAGCUUUGCUUGCUAUUAGACCUAUAAGAAUGGCAUCCAGAAAUCAGCAUUUAAGAACUAUUAUGAAUUCUCUUUACAGAUCUUUUUCUAUGCUGUUUAACAUUUUUCUUAUGGCAGUUUUGAAUUAUUUUAUGUUUGGUAUUAUUGGAGUAAUUCUAUUCAAAGGCUCUUUUUAUAAUUGCUCAGAUUUCAACAUACAAACGAAACAAGAUUGCACAGGAGAAUUUUGAAAUGGAGGAAAUUAUGAAAAAAGGGUAUGAAGAGACUCUGAUUAUAAUUUCAACAACAUUUUUUCAGCUAUAAAUGCCCUUUUCCAAAUCUCAACUCUAGAAAAUUGGCCUAUUUAUCUUUACAACUCAGUUGACGCAGUAGGCCCAGAUAAAGCUAUGAAAAGAGACUAUAACCAGCUUGCUUCUCUUUAUAUUGUUGGUUUUACGUUUUUUAUUAUAUUUUUUAUCGCAAACUUAUAUAUUGGAGCCUUAUACAAGAAUUUUAAAAAAUUUAGGGAAGAAAAACAGUCAUUUUUCUUGACACGAAAACAGCAGGAAUGAGUGAAAAUACAAAGGCUGCUAUUACAGUCAUCACCAGUUAUUCGAUAUAUUAGACCAAAAAAUAAAUUUAUUUCCCCCCAUCCUUGAUCGAACAACUCGCCAUCGUUCGAUCUAAAAAAAAAUUUUUUGGGAAAAAAAAUUUAUAUAUAAAAUAAAAAAUAUAUAUAUAUUUUUUAUUUACAUUUAAAUAAGAGAGUUAAGAGUAUUUAAUAAUUAUUUUUACAGCAAAAAAUUGAAUUAAUUUUCAUAAAAAUACCAAGUUUUAAUAUUUUGAUUUAUUAGUCACACCUUUAAACUGUAUAAAUUUUUAAUUUGUUCCUUAUUAAAUUAGAUUAGGUUAGAUUAACGCUUUGUAUUUAUAGUCCCCACUUCCUAAGCACUAUGCGUUCCGCAGCGAUAUCGCUGCGGGGUGGGCUUCCUCAAGGCUAACUUAGGCCCAGGCCGAAACCCCGAUUUCUCGGUAGUGGUAUUUCCCUCCGGAUCCGAGUCAUACGGAUUUUGCCGGGAACCACCAUUUCCAACCUAAGCGCCAGCAUCACCCAACCCUGCUUAGCUCGGCCAGAUUGCCCCCUUUUUCAGGGACCCUUUUAACUUGAGAGACUGACUCCCUUGAGAUCUGAGUCGAGCUUCGCCUCCCCUCUUUCCGGAUUAGCUCCAGAAAGAACUCAACCCCUUGUGGGAUUCGGGGCGAAGCCACCAAGUAGCCUAGGCAGGUAGUUCACCCUGCCUCUUUCGGACACUGAGUCUGGGCCUCAGCGCUACUGGCAAAAAGAAUGCGAAAAACUGCUGCCUGGGUCAAGUCCCAAAAUCAGCGGAAAUUGGGCUAGGCCUCUCGCCUCGAGGUUAACCUUCCCUUGAGUAGCUCUCCGCAUCCAAAAACCACGUCCGGUAUACAUAAGGACACCCGCCACGGGAGGACGGGUCACUCGUCUCCGGCCAUUUUAUGUAUAUUCCUUAUUAAAUUAAAAUUUUUUUUUUUAAAAUUUUAAAGAAUCUCUAUUUUAGAGAUUAUUGAGUUUUUAAGCUUAGUUGAUGACUAAGUCACUUCGAAUGGUUGAUUCCGAAGCUUUCUGUCGUCUCAACGUCUCUGAAAACAACUUCGUUAUGUACAUCUUCCCAAGCUUUUGAUAACUAAUAUAUUUUUAUAUAUCUAAAAAUUUGCAUGAUAUGAAAAUCGUUCGAUCAAGGAUGGGGGGGAGUUAGGAGAAAAAUAUUUAGCUUGGUGCAUGAUUAUCGAUUUGAAAAUUUAAUUGCUGGGCUGCUUGCGUUAAAUAUAUUAUUUAUGUGUCUGCAUACUUCUGAAAUGUCAAGUGAAAUGGAAACGGUGCUGACUGUUGCUGAUUCUAUUUUUACCAAUGCAUUUAUGCUUGAAGCCAUUUUAAAAAUUAUUGGUUUAGGACCUAGAUUUUAUUUUGCUAAUAAUUGGGACAUCUUUGACUUUUCAAUCUCCCUACUAUCAUAUUUAUCAGUUAUUUCUAUCUGGCCUUCCAGUGGCUCUGUGGCAAGGAUUUUCAGAAUUAUAAGGGCUUUUCGUAUAAUAAAAUUCUUGAAGCACUUUAACAACAUUUUUAAUACAUUUUUGCUCUCACUUCCGUCAAUGAUAAAUUCAGCUAUUUUGCUUUUGCUUUUGUUUUCAAUUUAUGCAUGCGCUGGAGUUGUACUGUGGGGAGGAAUGCGCCAUCAAGUUUAUAUUAACAAAAAUUCAAAUUUUGAAAAUUUUUAUAAUGCAUUUGUUUUGCUAUUUACUUCAAGCACAGGAGAAAACUGGAAUGAAAUUUAUUUUGAGUGCUUUGGGAAAUCAGAGUGUGAGGGAGGGUUUAUGUUUUGUGGGAAUCCUUAUUUCGCAGUUAUUUACUGGGCAUCUUUUCAGAUUCUUUCAAGGUUUAUAUUUUUAAAUAUGUUUAUCGUAGUUAUUUUGGAAAACUUCACUCAUGCAAAUUCAAAAGAAUCGGUUAUCACAGGGUUAACAAAAAGAGACUUACUCAGCAAUAUCUGUCAUAAAUAAUUUCAAUAAAUAAUAAUUAUUUGCAUUAUUAAUUCUAAUAUUUAUUUUUUAAUCUUUUUUAUAUAUAGAUUUUUCCCUUCAAUUAAUAAUUUUUAUAAGAGUUUAAAAUUCGAAAUUUUAUUUAUUAAAAGAAUCAUUUUACUAGAAAUUAGCAAUAAUUUAAGAAACAUUAAUGAAUUACUUUUAUAUAGAGAAUUAGAGAACUUCGAAAAAGCAUGAAGCAAAUUUGCUCCUUAUGGGGACCAUUUCAUAAAAACAAAAUGGCUUCCAAGCCUUUUGAAUACUUUAGAGCUCCCCUUAGGCUUCAAAGGGCAAAUGCUUUCAAACUGUGACAUGCUAAGGCUUAUUUCUGCUUUGAAUAUAAAAGAAUAUAAUGGAAAAGUAAAUUUUGCAGAAAUUUUGCUUAUUUUAGCCAAUGCAGUUAGCGCAAGCGAUAUGACAUCUAGAAUAAUAAUAAAAUGGCUACGUACGGAUUCCUCCUUCGUUUUUAUUAUUGUGGGGUUCAGUUUUCCCACGUGGACCUUUAUCCGCAACACAAAUAUGGAAUAUUGCAUAGGGCAUUUCUUUGGUCCCAGACAUAUGGUUUUUCUGCUUGAUACAGGUGACUCUUAGGCGGAACACACUCAGGAGUCAAGUGUCGGCGAGGUAAAUGCGACCAGUGCGACCAUCUGGCCUGAAGGGUGCAUCUGUUGACAUCACCAGUUGGGAGUUAAAAGGAUGGGCUUAUGCAUGUCUAAAUCAUCCUACUGAAGAGUGAAUACACUUUAAAUACCUACAUAACAUUAAGACAUGACAUCUAGCGAAAUUGUAAGAGCGUUUAAUAAUGCUUAUCCAAAUAAAAUAUAUAGCAAGCCAAAUACUUCAAGUAUAAGAACUGAAGGAACUGCAGCAGCCAAAAGUUUGGCUGCACUUGCGUUAAUAAGGAUGUGGAGAAAAUAUAAAUCAAAAAAAGAAAAUUAA